UAUUUUCGAGGAAAAAAUGGGAUACGGGUUUUUUCUUUUCUGGAGGUAUCUUCUUGAUUCUUGACUGUGGAAAGAUAGUCAAUCGACUAAACCAAAUUCGAGAGAAGAAAUUUGGAGAAGAACGGACAAAAUUUUCGGAACUUGGUAUAUAGAUCAUCGCAGAAUUUGGUGCCAUUGUCAUCCCCACUACUUUUCCGACGACACUGAAGAGAGAGGAGCUCUGUAGAAAUGGCGACUCCUAUUCCCAAACGGCAGCUGUUCAUCGGUGGCGAGUGGAGGGAACCAGUUCUCAAGAAACGUAUCCCCGUCGUCAACCCCGCUAAUGAAGAAAUAAUCGGAUCUAUUCCCGCGGCUACUGCGGAAGAUGUAGAAUUAGCUGUUGAUGCUGCCCGGAAAGCCCUUGCGAGGAAUAAAGGCAAGGAUUGGGCUGCGGCUACGGGGGCUGUGCGCGCCAAAUAUUUGCGUGCUAUUGCUGCUAGGAUAACAGAGAGGAAGUCAGAAUUGGCAAAGCUUGAAACGAUAGACUCUGGAAAACCUCUGGAAGAAGCUGCAUGGGACAUCGAUGAUGUUGCUGGGUGCUUCGAAUACUAUGCAGACCUUGCCGAAGGGUUGGAUGCAAAGCAAAAAGCUCCUGUUUCCGUGCCCAUGGAGACAUUCAAGAGCUACGUUCUUAAAGAACCCAUUGGAGUUGUUGGGUUGAUUACUCCUUGGAACUAUCCUCUAUUGAUGGCUGCAUGGAAAGUUGCACCUGCCUUAGCUGCUGGGUGUGCUGCAAUAUUGAAGCCAUCAGAAUUGGCAUCUGUCACCUGUUUGGAGCUGGCUGAAAUCUGUAAAGACGUUGGUCUUCCACCUGGUAUUUUUAAUAUUCUGACUGGAUUCGGCCCAGAAGCUGGUGCUCCUCUAGCAUCUCAUCCUCAUGUUGACAAGAUUGCAUUUACUGGGAGUGGUGCUACUGGAAGCAAGAUUAUGACAGCAGCUGCUCAACUUGUCAAGCCUGUGACUAUGGAACUUGGUGGAAAAAGUCCGAUUGUUGUCUUUGAGGAUGUUGACCUCGAUAAGGCUGCCGAAUGGACGGUCUUUGGUUGCUUUUGGACAAAUGGUCAGAUUUGCAGUGCCACAUCUCGUCUACUUGUACAUGAAAACAUUGCUGAUGAAUUUUUGGAUAAGCUCGUGCAGUGGUGCAAGAACAUUAAGAUUUCAGAUCCCUUAGAAGAAGGUUGCAGGCUUGGUCCUGUUGUUAGUGCAGGACAGUAUGAGAAAGUAUUGAAGUUUGUCUCAACUGCUGAGAGCGAAGGGGCAAAGAUUCUAUUUGGUGGAGUUCGCCCAAAGCACCUAAAUAAGGGAUACUUCGUUGAACCAGCCAUCAUUACCAAUGUUACAACCUCCAUGCAAAUAUGGAGAGAAGAAGUCUUUGGACCUGUUCUAUGUGUUAAGACUUUUAGUUCUGAAGAUGAAGCUAUUGAAUUAGCAAAUGAUACAAUAUAUGGGCUAGGUGCUGCUGUGAUAUCGGAUGAUUUAGAAAGGUGCGAGCGUGUAACCAAGGCUUUACAGGCAGGAAUUGUGUGGAUUAAUUGCUCACAACCAUGCUUUACUCAAGCCCCAUGGGGAGGCAACAAACGCAGUGGCUUUGGUCGAGAACUAGGGGAAUGGGGACUUGAUAAUUAUCUGACUGUAAAGCAGGUUACUCAGUAUGUAUCCAAUGAGCCAUGGGGAUGGUACAAUUCUCCUUCUAAACUGUAAAAAGACAUGUGAUGAGCCUCUUAUGAAUCCGACACUGCCACAUCUACCUUGUUGCCUCUUUGGAAGAAAUAAUGUACAAGUAGUGCUUCUGCUUAGUUAGUUCAGCUCUGUUAGGCUGUGCCUCUAAGAACUUAAUCCUUUCCAUUUUAUGACUAGAUAGAUAGAUACUGUGAUUCAAUAAAAAAUGCAUUUCUAUCUGAGAUUGUCUCAAUUUGGGAAGCAACUUUCAGCCUUUUUCUGUGUUUCUUAAUCUUGGCUAUGAAGAUAUGAGCAAAAACAUGGAUUUCUUCUCAA